CUACAACAACAGAAAACCAUCAUGGCGGCCCCCAUGAGGCUCAUAUCAAGGUUGACUCUGGUCAUUGGUGGAGGCAGCGGGAUCGGCCGCGCCGUGUCUCAGCGCCUGGCCUCUGAAGGCGCCUCAGUGGUGGUCGCUGACAUCAGCGAGGAUUCAGCCAAUGAGACGGUGGGACGCCUGCAGAGUGACCUCAAAGGUCAGAGUCACAUGGCGGCUGCAGUGGACGUGUCGUCAAAGGAGAGCGUGAAGAAUCUGCUGACGAGAAUCCAGACUCGUUACUUCCAGCCUCCCUCAGUGUGUGUGAACUCUGCAGGCAUCACUCAGGACGACUUCCUGCUCAGCCUGGAGGAGGAGAAGUUUGACAGAGUCAUCCAGGUCAACCUGAAGGGUUCGUUCCUGGUGAUCCAGGCUGUGGCUCAGGCUCUGGUUGGCUGUGGAGCUGCUAAAGGAUCCAUCAUUACUCUGGGCAGCAUCGUAGGAAAAGUGGGAAACCUGGGCCAGGCGAACUACGCUGCAUCUAAAGCCGGAGUGGAAGGUUUAACCAGGACGGCUGCUAAAGAGCUGAGCAGGUUUGGGAUUCGUUGUAACUGCGUGUUGCCAGGUUUCAUAACGACUCCCAUGACAGACGAAGUACCAGAAAAGGUCCUAGUCAAGAUGAAGUCCCUGGUGCCUCUCGGUAGGAUGGGUGAACCUGCAGAAGUCGCCGAUGUUUGUGCCUUUCUGGCUUCAGAUGAUUCUCGCUACAUCACAGGAACCAGCGUCGAGGUUACAGGUGGACUUUUUAUGGGUUAAAACACAACAACCUGUUAAUGAAGCCUGAAGAGAAGAUGUCUCCUCCCUAAAACAGUUAAUUAAUGCAGUGAUUAUUUAAAUGUGAUUGUAUAGGACAAUAUUUGUAAUUAUGAAGCUACCUUUUGUAUCAAUAAACACAUUGAAACGUUUCUCCAUUAAAGAUUUUAUUUAAAACCUGA